UCCAUUCCCUAUAUAUACCCUUCUCCUUAUCCAUUUCUCUUCAACAAUUCACAGAACAAUAUCUACCAGAGAAAUUUUCAAAGGCAACUGGCGGCAUGGCGGUCUUCAAAAUCCUUCCCCUUCUCUCCCUCUCUCUCAUUUCCCUUUUCUGCUUCCCAUUCUCCGAGGCUACCAGGUUCGACAUCACAAACAACUGCCCCUACACCGUGUGGGCAGCGGCCUUGCCCUCCGGCGGCGGGCAGCAACUAAACAGCGGCGGCGGGACAUGGGGCCUCGACGUGCCGGCGGGGACCACCAGCGGUCGCAUAUGGGGCCGGACCGGCUGCAACUUCGACGGUUCAGGGAACGGGCACUGCCAGACCGGCGACUGCGGGAACGUGCUCGCCUGCAGGCUCUCGGGGGCUCCGCCAACAACGUUGGCGGAGUUCUCCCUGAACCAGCCCAACAAUCUGGACUUCUACGACCUGUCGGUGAUCGACGGGUUCAAUGUUCCGAUGAGCUUCAGACCAACUUCCGGCGGCUGCGCCUCCCUCCGGUGCCCCGCCGACAAGUGCUCCGAUGCAUACCUCUUCCCAGCUGACAAUACUAAAACUCAUAGUUGCCCUUCAGGGACCAACUACAAGAUUGUCUUUUGCCCUUGAAGAAGAAGAAGAAGAAUGGGAAAAGCUAAGAUUAUUACUGUAUAGACGUAUAGUGAUUGCUACCUCUGAAAUAAAGGAAGAAUAAGACGGCGUCAAAAUAAGCACUUUUACUGUGUGUUUAAGUGUAGCCCUCACUAAAAUACUUGUCCAGCUCGUUUUGGAUUACAAAGUUUUAUGGAAUAUCUUUCCCCUCAUUAAAUCAUUAAUUAAUUAAAGUGUUUUGUGUGGAAGGAAAUUAAUUAAUGAUCAUUCUUGGAGUUAUGCACGUAUGAAAUUAAUAGUUCAUUCAUAAUAAUACAAUUAGGCGGAGUAUUAAACCAACAGAUCGAGACUGAGACAAAGAAAUGCCUCCUUGGGACAGUAUGUGGCUAUAAAAAAUAGUGUAUGUAUAUAAUAAUUUUAUUAUACUCCGUACAAUAUUCAAAUGGGAAAUCGAUCAUAAAUAUAAAUAUAAGUAAAAUAAUCUCUAAAUGC